AUGGAAGCAAUGGCAUUGGCUCCCGUUAUCGGGUCAUUGUGGCUUCACCUAGACCUCUCGCUGAAGAUUGCCUUGAACAGAGCGUUGCGGAGGUCGAAUCAGGGGAUCCCAUUGGCUGAGUACACUGCAUCUUUUCCACUACGUGUGGAGAUUCACUUUAAUAACAAACCGAUCAUGUUUACUGGAGACCGGUUUGAAACGGCAUUUGGAACAACUCAUGACCCCGACACGAUGCUAUUCCCGUGGGAGAUUGAUGACCUAAUGUUAUACUUCUCGAAUAUCGAAGUCAUUGUAAAAUCUAAUCUGCUUUACCAUGAAAUGUCAGACUCGUUGUAUCAGUUCAUGUCAGAUCCAUCUUUCCAGAAUAAGAAACUCAUAAAUAUCCUUACAAGUCCGAAGGUGCGGUCUGUUAUAUUGCUAACAGUGCCCAAACUUGAUUUAGGUCCCAUUGCGUCGAAAGUCAAAGUCUUCAGAGGCGAUUUGGGUAAUCAGGUGUUUUUCGAGAACUUAAUCCAUUUGUCAGUUUGCAAUGACCACCGACAGAGGACCAUAAGGUGGGAUGUUCAACAUUUAUCUCAACUUAGAGUUCUCAAAUUGUUCUUAGUUGAUCAGCUAGAACCAUUAAGUUUGCCUUCAUCACUAAGAGAACUACACCUUAUGGCGUGCAAAAUUCGCUUGAAUUGUCCUGACGAACUUUACUUUCUUGAGAUCUUAGAUGUUACGCACUCUACUGUCGAUGUGGAGGAUAUCUUGCAGAAAGCACCGACUGUGUCGCUUUUGAGGAUAUCUGGGCAAUGGAGUUGGUCACGAACUCCACCGACUAUCGAGAAAUUGGCUGUAAAUCUGCUUGAAAUGAGCCAAGAUUUUCUUCCUCGGUUUGGAAUGUUGGAUUCUCCUUAUGCUAUCGGCCAUGCGAUCACACAUCUUCAAGUCGGUGAAUUCGACGCACACAAGAUUGACCUAAAUCAUUUCUUCCCUUUUUUGAAGUUUUUUUCCGUGAUCGAUUACAUUGGUGAUAUAUUGAAACAUGACAGAUUGACUCAACUUAACUUUACCGCGGAAUUACCAGUGAGACUUGAACUUCCGAUGCUUGAAGAUUUGGAGGUUUCUGAUGGAAUUGUUCCCAGCAAUAUCCCCUAUGAAAAUCUCAUGAAGCUUGCUUUCACUGUAUCAUUAGGGGAGCUUCAUUUACCACCCUCGCCGAAGCUAUUGAAUCUUGAUGUGACCUGUUGCAAGUUACGUCAUAUUAAUAUUGACGCUUGUCCUAAUUUAAGAGAACUUUACUUAGAGGAUAACGAGUUUGAACUGAUAAGCAUCACACACCCAAACCUUCAGCUGGUCAGAAUGUCGGACAAUUUGAGAUUGAGUUUUGUCACUAUUACAUCACCAGCAGAAUUUGUCGAUUUGAGUGAUACGCCACUGUUAAGGUACGCCAAACUUCCAAAUACGAUUCGUGAUAUCAAGCUCGAUCGUACGUCACCCUCCCUAGAUGGUGGCCCAUGGCCUUUGGUGACCCAACUCAAAUGCUUUUCUUCCGGCAUAAUCGAGUGGUUCCCACAGCUCAAAUACCUCGAUAUGAAUUAUGGUUAUAGGGACUUGGAUUUGCUUCCUCGAACAUUGAAACAAUUGACAUUACAAGGCCCUUCUGAAGUUGAUUUGACGUGCUUACAAAGCAUGGAUCAAUUGGAGGUGUUGGAAAUACUAACUGAUGUCCUCGUCAAAGACUAUCGUUUAAGUCAAAGCUUACGAGUGUUGGCCUUGAAUGUAACGGAAUUACCGCUGUUCAAUUGGGAAGGGCAAACGAAUAUGGAAUUUAUUCGAGUGUGCAGUCGUAUAGAAUAUUCUGACAAUGAUAUGCGGCGAAAGUUGAGUAUGGGUUUGCAUCCACCAAAUGUCGUUCUCAGGUGUCAAGUAUCAAGCGGUGUAUAG